UCUGAGCGGUACAGCCCUCACAGUCGUGCCGCCACUCUGCCGUCGAGCGGGCGCCACACGCAGGCUGCCUCGCGCCCUAUCACGCGUCCUGUGACUCCCGCGCCGCCCCUGCCAAGCCUCCUGCAGCCCCGCACCGCACCCUCUGGUGACUCGGGGCGUGGAGGAAAAUACUGGAGGGAGAGAUACAGGUGGAGAGAAAAGCGGAGGAGGAGGAGGAAGAAGCAGUGGAGGAGGAAGAAGAAGAAGAAGUGGAGGAAAGAAACUACUGGAUUAACCACAAUUCUACCACAAUCUUCCCAAGUGUGGUGAAUGCUGAGAGGGGGGUGGUGGUGGUGGCGGCUCCCAGACUAGCGAGGGCGGAGGGGGAGGAGGAGGAGGAGGAGGAAGAGGAAGAAGGGGAGGAGGGCGGCGGCGAGAGGCGCCGCGCCAUGGAAGACUCCAGGGCCACGCUCCCCGAGGUGCUGAAGGUGGCCACGCCGCCCCGCCUGCCCCCCGCCCACGCCGCCGCCGCCACGGAGAGGCGCGCGUCCCCUGCCCGCCUCGCCGCUGAGCACGCCGCCGCCGCCGCCGCCGCCGCGGCCGAACAGCAGCGCCGCAUCCCGCCGUCUGGCGGCCUGCAGGGCGCCUGGCCUGAGCCGGCGGCCCUCGGGGUGGAGAGUGCCAGGGGGGAGGAGAAGGGUGCCGGGGGCGAGGUGGAGUGCCCCAGGGGCAGCCUGCCUCCCCCUGUGGACCGUGGGCGAGGCUUCCUUCCCGGCGGGAGGGGGGAGGCGGCCCGGUGUUGCCCUGAGAAGCCCCACACGCCGCCCGGUGACAGGAAGGACCUCAGCGGGCCGCCAGACGCCGCCGCGGAGGCCUGGCGGGUACCGCCGCGGCCCCGCGAGCACAAGAGCCUCGCCCCGCGGAGGGUGGAGAGUCCCCUGUCUCAGCUGAGCAAUCCUCGCCACGACGCCCACCUCGCCCACGCCAUCAGGGAGCUGCACGAGGAGGAGUUCGGCCUUGACGCCGUACUGCUGGCGGAGGGAGGCCACGUGGGCGCCCACUGCGCCGUGCUGGCCGCCGCCUCGCCCUUCCUCAAGAGUCUGCUGCUGCACGCCACCGACCACCCCGCCAUUAUCUCCGUCACAGACACCUCCCUGGAGGCUCUGCAGGCCCUGGUGACCUGCCUCUACACGGGCACCGUCCCUCACGGCGUCAGCCUCCAUCACCUCGCUGAGCUCGCCCGCCUGUUGAGGAUGGAUGACCUGAGCGCCGUGUUGCAGAAGGCCUUCCUGGCUCAGGGCGGGCCCCUGCUGGAGCUGAGCCGUCCCCAGGGCCCUCCUCCGCGCCCCCCGCACGCCUCGCACCUGGGCCACCCUGACUACCGGCGGGAGCGCUCCAGCAAGAAGGUCCGCAGCAGCCGCCUGGACGAGAUCCUGUACAGGAAGCUCAACGUGGACCACCUGGCGCCCUCAGACGCCCCAGACCCCUGCCCUGGCCCGCCCGCCGCUGCAGAGUGCCCCCGGGUGCCGGGGCUUGAUCCCCCGCGCGGGGCGGCGCCGGACCUGCGCGGUGGCAUUCUGGGGGAGCUGCUGACCAAGGCCGACCCGCUGCGGAGCAUGUUCGCGGCGGGCAGCUACGCGGCCUUCCCCGACCUGGACCUGGACGCGUCCCUCAAACCCCUCAACCUGUCCAAGGCGGGCAAGGCGCACGCCGCCUCCACCGCCGCCGACCUCUCCCCCUCGCAGGGCUGCCACACCAGCACGGCCUCCUGCAGCCUCAACUCCAGCCUGGCCUCGCAGACAGACCUCAGCCUGGGGGGCCUCUCCUCUCUGGCUCCCUCGCUACCCGCCGCCAUGACGGGCCUGCUGGCGCCCCUCACGCCCUCCAACAUGAUCUCACCCACGGCCCUCGCCACUCUCACCUCAUCCUCCAUGCUGGCCUCGCUCGGGGCGCAGCAGGCGCUAGCCAAGGCCUCCACCACUACCACCACCACCACCAGCAGUAGUACCAGUAGCAGCUCCAGCAAAAACCGCAAUGGUAGCAAAGGCAUUAUCAUCAGCGGCAGCAACAGCAGCGGCAGCAGCGCCCUCAGCAGCAGCCCGUCUAGUCAGCACGCCUUGCCGCUGCUGUACACCCUGAAGAGCGGCCUGCUGAGCCCCGAGGCAGCCAAGGAGGUGUACGAGCAGCUCAAGCUGCACCCACACCUGGCCUCCCUGUCAGGCCUCGACACCCUGCACGGCCUCUCCUCCCUUGGGGCCUCGGCGGGCCUGCACACCCUGGCCGGCCUGCACUCCCUCUCCUCCCCCCACUCUUUCCCCGCGCUCUUCCCCUUCCUGGCCCACGAGGGCGGCGUGUCGACCCUCGGCGCCAAGGACUCCCACGAGGCGCGGGGCGGCCACAGCCCCAGGGAGGGCAGCCCCGAGGACCAGGGGGCGCUGAACCUGAGCAGCACCGCCAACUCCAGUGGGGACUCCCCCAGACCUGCGGGGGGAGAGGAAAGAACCACCCCAGACUCUAGCACCCCCGCCGGCUACAACCCCCACGGUGAUGAGAGGGAAGGGGGCGAGGAGGCCAAGAGGCGCUCCCCCUCCCCAGAGGGCGCCCGCUACACCACCUGCCACACCCCCCACACCCCCCACCACCUUGCCAACAGCUUGAUGGAUUCUGGGCAAGGCGAGUGCCCGGGUGGGGGCGGCCCCCUGCCUCCUGACGGCCUCCACCCGGGGCUGACUCACCCCGGGGCCUCGCUGCCUCUGUUGCUGAUGAGCUCCGGGGCGGGGUUGGCAGGGCUGUCCCAGGCCCACCCAGACCUGCCCAAGACCGUGGACGUGUCCGUGGAGACCACGCCCAUCACCAAGCAGGAGCCGCCCCUCGUGUCGCUGGAUGACAACGAUGGUGAUGACAACGGCAUUGAGGUCAUCGAGGAGAUACCCUGCAACAGAAACACUCUCAUUCACGUCCGCAAGCCUUUCUACCACACCGGCAUCACCACGAUGGGGCGCAAGAGGAAGGGAUGCGGUGAGUGUGAGGGGUGUCAGGUGGUGGAGGAUUGUGGCCAGUGUCGGUUCUGCAGGGACAAGGCAAAGUUUGGAGGCCCUAAUCGUCUCAAGCAAGUGUGUGUCUACAAGCGCUGUGUCCUUGCCGAGAUGGAGCCUGAGGAUGCCAAAAAGAGGAGGAAGACUGCCGGCAAGAAGGGGCGAGGGAAGUGUGGAGGCUGUGACGGCUGCCAACGGACGCUAGAUUGUAAUGAGUGUUACGCCUGCCUACACAACGCCGCUGCCCAGCCUCCAGCGCGCCGCAAGGUGUGUGAGAUGCGAGUGUGUGAGCAGCAGCAGAUGGAGGAGGUGCGGGCAGCCCUGAGUGUGGCCGGUGAGCCGUCGCCAUACUCCACGGAUUCCCUGAUGGCGGAGACCUUUGGCAUCAGCACAUCGGGCGCCUCCAGCCCCACCCCGGAUGGCCAGGCCAGCACCCACAAUGACAAGAUGAAACUCAUGCGCAAGAUGCUGAAGAAAAAGUUUGCGCAGCCCUACAGCAGGGUAAGCCCCCCAAAGGUGCGGACCAAAUACUACUGUGGCGAGUGUCCCGGCUGCCAGACCACCGUGCCAUGUGGGAACUGUUUGUACUGCGAGGACAUGCCCAAGUUUGGCGGGCCGGGGAGGUACAGGCAGAAGUGUGUCAAGCAGCUGUGUGUGUACCACCCUCGCCUUCAGGCCCUCAAGCUCUCCAACCGCACCAGACUGACCUACGAUGAACAGCACAUAUCCCAGGAAACUCUCUCCCAGCUGGGCACCGUCAUCCCUGCCCCCAGUGACGAAGCCAUUGAUCUUGGGUGCGGGGACAGCCGGGAGCACCAGGAGGAGGUGGAGAGCCUGGAGGGGACGGAUCAGGCGGAUGAGGUGGAUGAUGUCACGGAAGGAGAGGACAGCAAUGCUACCAUCCAUGUGCUGGAUGAAGGAGAGAGCAAGGAGACCAAGGAGGAGCCUCACUUUGGGCCAGACCGCUGCUCCCCUCUCUCUCACUCCCGGCCACACCUCCCAGUGUCCUCCUCCUCCCAACUCAUCCACCACUCCCUUGCUGGCCUCCCUCACUCCUCUGUCCUCCCUGCCUCCUCGGUCCUCACUCCCGCAGCUGCUGUCUUGUCAUCUGCCGCUGCUGCCGUUCUCUCUUCUGCUGCCGCUGCCGCUGCCGCUGUCAUGCCUCCGUCGGCAUUCUCCUCUGCUGCCGCUGCUGCCGUCAUAUCAUCAGCAGCAGCCGCCAAAUCCACAUCAUCAAUUCUCUCAUCCGUUGUUGACAUUUCCGCUGUUGCUGCACGGUCACGCCUGCCGGGCCUCCCCCACCCUAGCAUCCUCCCCCACGGUGCUGUCCUGCCACCCGUCCUGCCCCCUGCCACCCUGCCCCCCACCACCCUGCCCCAUGUCACCCUGCCACACUCUGCCGCAGCACUGCUCCACACCGCCCCACUCUCCCACACUGGAGUCCUGCCACCCUCCACACCCUUGCCACACACCCAUGUCCUACCAUCCACCCCCACCCUGCCACUCCCGGCAGCCAUGAUAUCCACCCCCAGCCUGACAUCAACGGCAACACUCCCGUCUACUCCCAUCUUGUCCUCCACUGCACGCUUGUCCACUCCAACCAUCACUUCCACAGCACUCCCUGCCACUCCCACCCUGCCACUUACUGCAGCUCUCCUGGCCACCCCUACCCUCCCCCUGACAGCCACACUUCCUGCCGCUACCACCACCACCCUCCCAUCUUCUACUCCACCAGUGCCAGUUAUUUCUACUCCGUCAUCUUCUGUGGCACGCCCAUCUACUCCGACCCUGCCAUCCACUACAGCCCUCCCAGCCACACCAGCCCUCCCUCCCACUGCAGCCCUCCCAUCCACCCCCAUCCUCCCACUCACUCCCCUCAUGUAUCCAUCUAUCAAGCCCCCAACCACUUCUCUCCCUCCCACAGUCCCUCUCCCAUCACUCCUCCCUCCCACUCCACCCAUCUCCCUCAUAACACCACCCGCCGGAAUGCCACCCACCUUCCCAACUCUUAUCCGACGCUCCACUCCCACUCCACCUCCCAUGUCUCCCACUAACCACCCAGACAGCAGCACCAGCCCUGCCCCCUCCUCCUCCUCCACCACAACCACCACCACUGUCACCACUGCCUCCACCUUCCCCGUCUUCAACACCAUUGGCACUAACACCACUCCUGCCACUAGUGUUGUCCUGCCUGCCACUGUUCCUAUUGCUGUCACCACCACAACCACCACUAGCGUCUGUUCGCCCGUCUCACCACUGGCCACCACCACCACCACUGUCAUCACCAACCCAGUCUCUCCAAUUACCAAAGCUGCAACUCCACCACUAAAUGUCACCACUGCUACUACUACCACUACCACUUCACCACCACCACCACCACCACCACCACUUACUGAGAACCAAAACGACAGUCCAGCUUCCCCCACCACCACUGCUGCCGCCACUACCACCACUACAGCCAGCAGUCCCUCCCCACCACCUACCACCACAGCCACCACCACCACUACAGUUCUACCCUCCACCACAGUAUCAGAGAGCACCAGUAGAGCCACACCACCUCCAUCACCACCACCUACUGUCCCCACCACACCACCCUCCACCCCGCCCUCCACCAGCACUCCUGCCAAUCCACCCUCGCCUACCCUCAUGCCAGCACCAAAAGAAGUGGAAACAGCAGCAGUGAAUGAGACAGAGGGAAACGAGGAAAGGAACGACGAGGAAUAUGAGGGAGAGACCAUCGAUCUUACUGAGGGUUCCGACAUCCCUUCCCCUCCCUCCACCCCAUCGCCCCAGCCCAAGUCACGGGGUAGGAUGCAGUUCCGGGGCCAUGGGCGGGGCCAGGUGAAGAAUAACAAGACCAACACCACCAUAGAGACACGCCAACAGACAGCAGUGAGGAGGGGCAGCAGGAGAAGGACUACAAGAUUCAAACUAGACCCUGAUGACAAUUCUGAGCUUAUGUUUCCAGACUUUGAGGAGAUGCUGGAGGAACUGGAAGCAGGAGGGAGGAAGGAUACCAGCAGUGGGGGAGCAGCAGCACCAGUAGGAGCAGCACCACCAGCAGUAGCAGCAGCAGGUACCACUCACAAGGACUGCCGAGAGAAGAAGGCCCCACAAGACACCCCAAAGGACCCCCAAGUGAACAGAGUGGACACCUCGAGCCCCCUGGUCACCAUGAUGGGUGCACGGGCCCACCUGGGGCAGCGGGCCAAGCUGGCAUAUCCCGGCGUGGGGUGUCGGCCAGGCAAGAUGGUGAGCCGCGCACAGAACACCGAGCCAGACAUCUUUGAGUUCCAGGAGGGGCGGGAGUGUGUGGUAGAGGGGAAGGUGGAGGCGGGGGAGGCAGUGGCCCUCAAGCGUGCCGGCCCCUGCGCCUUCCCUGAGGAGGAGCUGAGUCAGGGCGGCCGUGAUGUGAAUGAGAAUGUUGGGGCCAUGAGUGAGGCCGCCUCGGCAUAGCAGUGAGAGGCCAGUGCCGCCGCCGCACCCCGGAAGUACAACCCCCACUCGCCCCCGGCCAGUGGUCCUAGAUGAUACUUGUACAGCACCACACGCCACACACACCCACGCCACCGCUGUGUGUGUGUGCGUGCGUGUGUGUGUGUGUUUGUGUGUGUGUAAGGUGUGCUGUAGGCUUAGAUGUUUGUGUCAAGACAGUGAGAGAGAGAGAGAGAGAGAGAGAACUGGGAAGAAAGACUUAUGGGUGGAGCUUGAGGGAGUGUUGAGUUGUACUGUGCUUAGUUGCUCUGUUACUCACUGAGAGAGAGAGAGAGAGAGAGAGAGAGAGAGAGAUAGUCAAGCAAGCAGACAAGUUCCUGGAAAUAUGCAUUAAAGUAAAGAGCAAUUUAAGCCUUCUGGUGCAAAAGACAAAUCUCUUCAUUCACAAGAGACAGACAGAGAUAGCAUGAGAGAGAGAGAGAGAGAGAGAGAGAGAGAGAGAGAGAGAGAGAGAGAGAUAAUAGAGCUAGUCAGGUGGAGUAGCAAAGAUCUACUCCUAAGCCAUGCAGUAAAGUAGAUGCAAAACAGUAAUAAAAAGACUUAGACACAAAAGUAGAAGGAUGAGAGGGAGGGAGAGAUAAGAUAAAGAACUGAUUAAACUUGUCAUUAUUUUUGGUGUAGCAUUAAGAGGACGUCUUACUUAAAAAUAAAAAAUCUAUAAAAAAAAGAAUAGAAGCGAUUUAAGUGCCAUUUCAAUUUUGUUUCUGCUAAAGAUAAUGAUGAUGAUGAUGAUAAUGCCGAGUUUAUAAGCUGUCGAAAUAUUCCUUAACUUUAUAAUGAUUAACUUCUUUUGUUUGAGAAAGUACAAAGUGGAGUGAUUGAGUGAAUGAGUGAGGGAAAGGAGAGUAGAGAGAGAGAGUGAGAGAGUUAGAGAGAGUAAGAGGGAGAUGCUGACCCUUGAACUAAUAGUCUGGUACUCGUAGUCACUUUGGUUACGGUUGAGUUGUUGUUCCCGUCUUGUUUGCCUUGCGGUGUUACGCUCUCGAGAGUUUAUACAGGCGUGGUGCCGGGCCGGGCCGGGCUGGGCCGGCACUGCAGCGCCCCGGACGUCCCGGACACCCGCACCAGUUUUCCGUUGUGGUCGUGAGGGUGGGUGAGCAAGUGACCACCGGCCCAGUGCAGACUGUGCUGAGCGAGGCACCUGUCCUGUACAUAUGCCCACCCUGUGUGAAGGACUCAGCAUCUGUGUGUUUGCUUGAAGGCAGUAUAACAUAACGAGAACACUGUAUUUUGUUAUACAAGCUACAAAUGUUCCGUGUUCAGCGUUCCUACAUAUUGUUUUAGUUAUUAGUGUGUAGAGCUAUAUUCAGAAUAGAAUCUUGGCCAUAUAUAUAUAUAUAUAUAUAUCAUACAUAUACAGUAUAUAUAUAUAUAUAAAGAAUAUAUAUAUAUAUAUAAUUAUAUAAUACUUAGAAAUAUUUACAUAGGAACUCAAGCUGAGUAUGGCAGACAGAAAGAUGAAUUGUCUCAUCUUGGUCCCCAUGAUAUACUAUACAUUAAUUCCUUAUGUUAAUAUGUGUUGGCUGUUCAUGCACUUUUUUCCUGGUACAGACCUUUGUUUGGCAUCUCACAAACAAACAAACAAAAAUGUAUAUGUAAAAAACUAAAAAAAAAAAAAAUGAAUACAUGCAAAACACUGAAAUAUGCAAAAUAUGCGAGUGGCACCACAGCAUUGAGAGGGCGAAGGCAGCAGCAGCACCACCAACACCACCACCACCACCACCACCACUACCACAACCACCUUCACCACAUCCUCCUUGUUAUGUCCUGCACUGUGAGGAGAGAGAGAGAGAGAGAGAGAGAGAGAGAGUAAGUAGCAGUGAGACAUGCUUCCUUCUGGGGCCUCUAGUCCAUGUCCUGCCCCUAUGUGCCCCUGUAGUUGUCCCUGUGUCCCUUGCCUCCCCUGCCUCACCCACCACCACCACCACCACCACCCUGCUGCCGUCUGCCCGAGCAAGACACUAGUAUACGAGCUGCCGCCGCCGCAGUGUGGUGUGGGGCGCCUCUCGCUGGUUAUAUUUUUGUGGACGAAUGUUGUGGGAGUGUUGUUGGUCUUAGUGUGUGGCGCGGCGAUGUGUGAGGGAGGAGUGGGGAGGCAGUGACGCACACCACCACCACCACCGCCACCACCACUGCUAGAUUCAUGUUGACUUUUCCUGCUGCUGGGGUGGAGUGUCUGGUGAGGAUUAGGUUAUGGUGACCCCGGGUGUGUGUGUGUGUGUGUGUGUGUGUGUGUGUGUGAUGAAGAGAAGGAUGUAAAUUUUCUCGUUACCUGUUGUACCGCUGCUAUGUGUGUGUGUGUGUGUGUGUGUGUGUGUGUGUGUGUGUGUGUGUGUGUGUGUGUGUGUGCAUGCGUGCGUGUGCGUGCGUGUGUGUGUGUGUUUCCCUUAUAUGCCAGUUGUUUCCUACUAAGACAUCACUUGUGGUUUUUUUUUUUUUUUCUUUUGUAUUAUUUAUUUGUCUUGCAGUGAUGAGUGUCCUUGUGUUGAGUGCAGUGUUCCUCCCCACAUGCCUGCAAAGCUGUGUCACAUUUCAAAGACUGUGCAUGGGCCAUUACAACACACACAAUUACUCUGAGUUGUCUUGUCACAGCUGUUGUCACACUGGGAAGGAUAAAUCAGGAUACCAGUUACCAUUCAGCCACUCAUCUGCAAGCCUGAGUGAGUGACUGGUGGGGCAACUGCAAGCAUGAGACUGUGAUGGAUGUGUGUGAGGGUGAGGCAGUAAUAUCAACAGCCUCCUUGCCAUUCAUACACAGGCAGGAUGUUCUAAAGAGAUUUGUUGUGUUAGGCAUGGUGCUGAACAGACAGGCUUACUGUGGCAUGAAGUGUAUCCCUUUAGUCUCAUGCAGUGUUAGAAGAAUUAAUCUUUGUGAUGUUAACUCUAGGGAUUCCAUAGUGACGAGUAUUGCAGUGUUGCUAGCCAGACACAGUGACAGACUAACUAAACUUUUACUGCACAGGAAAAUAUCAAUCCUUCCAUUAUUUUUAGGCUCAAAGAAAAGGGUUAUUUUACCUUUUUUAAAUAGUUUUAAAAAUGCAUGAUUGGUGUAUUAUUUGUAUGAAGUGGACAGAGUGUUCUUUCUUUUGUUAUUGAGUGGUGUGUUGGUGUGAGUGUGUAAAGUGGUGUGACAAGGGGCUCUCUGGUGCCUGACACUGGCUGGCUGGCUGAAGGAUGUGCACUGUUACUCUGUGUGUGUAGGAGAAGAGUUUGAUCAGAAGAAUAAAUAGUGAUGUAAAUGAAAAAUGGUGUUCUGUUAUUUCAAAUUGAGGGUUAAGGUGGAUGAAUUAGUAGUUUUGCGUUGCAAAAUUACAAGUUUGACAAUAAUUGGCUUUUUGUCAGUAAAAAUGAGAAUGUGAGGGUUUCUGUUAAUCAUCUAUGUUGGACAAUGAAACCAUGUGAUUUUAUUCAUGUAGGUGGAUUUCUGCAGCAAAAUUACAGGAAUUAUGAGAGAAUAAAUGGCUUUUUAUUUAUUUUGUAGAAUGACAAAUUGUGACAAGACAAAUCAUUUUACCUGGCUAUUUACACUUCUAGUGAGACAAGAGGUGGUAACGAGAUCACAUUUCAUCCACUCUUUCCACCAUCAACCAGAGUGUAUCUCAUGUACUUAGAAAAAUACUCAACACACACACACACACACACACACACACACACACCAGUCUUCCCUAUACCCACACUGCUAAGAGAAGAGAACAUUACACCAGGCACUACCCAAGGAAACAGUUGAUAUACAGGAUGACUGGUAUGAAAGUGUUUCCCCGCGCGAGUACCCUGGGCGACCCGAUGAUGACCUGAGAAUGUAGCGGGACCGAGCCAGGCCGCGCGAGGCUCAGCAAAGCCCCUGCUAUAGCCACAAAUCCCCAGCCUUUCUGUAAUACUACACAACGUUGCCAAACAAUACCGCACAGUGUUCAGUGUAAGUUUCAUUAAAGCAAAUUGAAAAGA